AUGGAGGAGAAGACGAGAAAGGAGCUUGAGCGACAGGAGCGCAUUGCAGCUAGGAAGAGGCGGUUGCAAGAGAGGGAGGAGCGGGGCGGAGACUUCUUCACAGACAAGGCUCAUGCAGACACGGCAGAACAGGCUGGGACAGCUUCUGGAACCAGUGAGGGGAGGGAGAACCCCUUCGAGGAGCGGAAAGAGCGGGAGAAACAGGGGGUGAUGGAGGUUGUGGAGGGGAUCAGCGGGUCUGAACCCUCGUCCUCCAUUGUCCCUGGGCUGCUCGACCCUGCCAAGAGGACAUUGAAGGCGUCAGCUUCUCCUGCUCCUCUACAUGCUGCUGCCCUCGACCUCGAUUAUCUCACCGUCGAACGCAACCAGCGCAGGAGCGAGGUAGCAGCAACGAGCUUCAAGGUAGCGGAGCCCAGAGCCCAGGGACGGCAGCGAGCUGCUGGGGUCAAGACCGGGCAGAAGCCUCCUAGGGUCGAGCUUGCUGAGGACGAGAUCAGAGCUCUCGAGCAGCUCUCAGAGAAUGUGUUCGAUGCUGUUCCUGAGGGGGCGGUGAGGAGAGAGGAGGAUGGGGACGGAGGAGCCGGGCGGGACUUCGUUCAAGUCCGUAAGAAGAUGGAUGCCCGGAGUGUCGAGCGUCUCAUCAGGCAGAAUGAGGAGCUCCGCAAGAUCACCAUGGCGCAGAGGAAGGAGCUGGAUCAGUACCAGAGCUUGCAGAAGCUGCAGGAGGGGAGGCGAGAAGAAGAUCAAGAGGAGCAGGAGCAGGAGGAGCAGGAGGAGCACAAGGAUCGAUCGGUUCGUCGUCGUCCUCCUGCGCACCUGCAGCAAUCUUGGCAAGGGUCUCGCACCCGCGGGGAGAGGGAGCAGGUUCCAGCAGCUAAGGCGGGCAGGAGCGAGGAGGUGGAGUUCGACUCCUACUUCGAGAGCGAGGCCAACAGGUGGAAUCCGAGGGCUGCUGGAGUCAAGGUGGGGAAGCAGCAACCCGACUCUAGAGUUGUGGGCCAGCAGCGUGCUCGGGUCAUCGUGACCGCAAAGAUGACGGAGGAGGAGGAGGAGGCGAAGAGGCGCCAACGCCUGCAAGUUGAGCUGGAAGAGCUGGGAAUCGAUCCGAAUACGCGAGACGUGCAGCGAGCGGCAGCGGACAAGAUAAGCAGCCAAGAAGAUGCGCUGAAGGAGGCAGAUCGUCUGCUAGAGAGUUACGCCCCUCCUCGAGCUGGAGGAGGAGGAGGAGCAGCAGCAGCAGCAGGAGGUCAGCAAGACUAUCUGAUCAUCGACGGGUCCGAGGACGAAGAGACUCCUCGUCUGGGCGUACAAUGGGAGAGAAAGCCUACCGCUCCGACGUCGAACAAGUUUCAACGGAAAGAGAUGAAGGAGGAGGAGGAGGAGGAGGAGGAGGAAACCCCUCGGAUGACACGAGCAGUGACGAUCGACAAGAUGCAGCAGCAGGAGAAGCAGGAGAAGCAGGAGAAGCAGGAGAAGCAGGAGAAGCAGGAGAAGCAGGAGCAGGAGCAGGAGGUCGAGGCUACCCCCCGCAUGCAUUUCUCGUCUCACGUUGCUCAGCAAAAGCUGGCGGCCCGAUGUCAGGACGCGCCGAUCACGAUGAUGAAGGAAUUUCUAAGUUCCUUGGGAGGAGCAGGAGGAGGCGGAGAUGAAGAAGAGAAGAUGAUCAGCAAGGAGGAGGAGAGUUUGUAUCAUAGUCCACGCGGGGAUACCGACAACUAUCACAACACGCACCGCAGCAGGAGCAGGGGGGAGAGCGACGACAGACCGAACAGCGAAUUCAACAGCCAACUGAGAACGAAUGCAAAUGGAGGAAGAGGAUACAAUGAUAGUGUAGAUGAAGAGUUUGAAGAAUUCGAAGGAGGAGGAGGAGGAGGAGGAGAGGACAGGUUUGCCAAGGCAGCCUCACAAGAGAAGUGUAGGGAGCCGACCGCAGCCCGUCGAGACCUGGUGCCUUCGACCGCAGACGACAGGACGGAGAUCGAGACCAACGUGUUCGACUGGGAGGACGAAGAAGUUGAUGACGAGGAUGCACAAGAGAAGGUUUGGUCGGAGAACAUCGCGAUGAUCGCGGAUGUUGUGGAGGACGUGGAGGGAACGAAAGUCGAAGUCGUCGAGCCGCGGGCAAGAGCCGAGACGAGCAUGGGGAGGACAGCAGAACCGGACAUAGAUGUAGAUCGAUCUGCUAGUCAACAUGUGGAGGAGAGGGGUAGAAGAAGUCACGUUGUUGCACGGGACGUCAGAGAGGUCAUGGUGAAUGCUCUCAACGAGGUUGAUUCCGACGACGAGGAUGCGAACAAGCGUGUUGAACAGAGGAAGCGACCGGAGAGCGGAGGAAGGAGCAAGGUAGAAUGUGACAGGGAGCAGGACGAGCGAGCGGCAAGCUCCUUCGACGCAUCUGACGUGCAGUCAGACAAGAAGGACUCUGCUACCUCCCUGCCCACUCGCUUUCCAUCUCACCGCAGUGACCUCGCGCAGCCUCUUCCUCCCACUCUCCAACAGGGGACGGCAAGCUUGUACAAGCAGCACAGUGCUCACUCGGCAGGAGAGGAGGGAGAGAAGACAGGGAGGGAUGUCGAGCGAGACUCUGACGAUAAGGAUGAUCUCUGGAAGAAGAAGCCGAGCAGUCAUGAGGAAAAGAGGGCAAGAAGGCGAAGGAGGGAGGAGAAGGAGCAAGAGGAGGAGGGGUUUUCUUCUGGAUCCGAGAGUGGGUAUCCCGAGGGGUUCGGCCAGACUCUAAUGCCAGUAGAGGAGAUUAGGAGGACACGAAGGGAGGACGAGGGGACUGGCACGAAGACGGAAAUUCUCCUUGGCCCUGGAGGGAGGAGAGAGGAGGGAAAGACAGACUUCAAGGACCUUUCGCAACGCCGUGUGCUCCCGGACGGAAGGCUGAGGGAGGAGGAGCGGGAGGGGGAGGAGCGGGAGGGGAGGUGGGCUGGAUCGCAAGAGGAGAUGCCGCGCAAGCAGGGGGUCAACCUCAGGGAAGAAGCCGCAAAGAUGCUGCAGCAAGCCAGCAUGCUGCGAGAGGCGGCCAAGGUGGCAGCAGAGGAGGGGAGGAGGCGCGAGCAGGCGGAGAUGGCGGCGAGGCAGGCGAAGAAAGAGCUGGAGGAGCUGAAGGACAGGAUGAAGAGGAAGGAGGAGGUCAGCAGAAGAACUCACGUCCCCCUCCGUCUCGGCCCGGAGGCCAGUGGAGAGGACGAGCUGCAGGCAUGGCAGCAGCUGCACAGUGCCGAGGAGCCGUCCAUGCUCCAAGUCCUCCAACCUCGCCAUGACGGCAGGGAGCGGCAUGGCGGCGAUCAGAAGCAGCGCAAGGGAGCAACUCAAAGAGCUUCGACCUCCCUCGCAGCCGAGGAGCUGCUCACGAUGACAGGAGCUCGAGAGCAAACUUGA